UCCUUACGCCCAACAGCUUGAUCUCGGAUGGGUAAUCAUUGGAGAUGUCUGCCUCUCAGGAGCUCACAGACCCACGGUGAACUCCUACAAGACAAACUUACUUGAUAACGGCCGCCCCAGUUUCCUCUCUCCCUGUGAAAACAGAAUCUACACAAAGGUAAAGUUCACAGAAGAAAAUCCCCUGUUUGAGAACAUGCAACCCAAAGAUGAGCUGAGCAAACACAUCUUUAAGCAAACAGCAGAUGAUGACAAACUGGCACUCUCUACAGAAGAUGAGUCGUUCCUGAAUGUUAUGCACCAUGGGUUUGUUAAAGAUGAGGCUAAUAACUGGGUCGCUCCCCUCCCGUUCCGUCAUCCCCGACUCCGCUUGCCUAACAAUAGAGAGCAGGCACUCACCCGCCUCAUGUCUCUACGCAAGACACUAAAGAGAAAGCCGGAAAUGAAAGGGCAUUUCGUGGAGUUUAUGAAGAAGACAUUCAACAAAGGACACGCAGAAAAGGCCCCUCUUCUUAAACCCCACCAAGAAUGUUGGUAUCUCCCAAGCUUUGGCAUUUACCACCCACAAAAGCCAGGCCCAGAUCUUAACAACGGCCUUGUAGGUGUGCUUCUCCGUUUCAGAGGUGAACCAUAUGCUGUGAUGGCUGAUGUGGAGCAGAUGUUUCACAACUUUAUGGUCAGGGAAGACCAUCGUGAUUACCUGCGCUUUCUCUGGUUCCGCGACCACGACCUGGAUGGAGAAGUGGACGAGUUUCGGAUGACAGUUCACGUGUUUGGAAACUGUCCAUCUCCCUCAGUCGCCAUCUAUGGACUCAAGAGAACUGCUGUGGAGGGAGAGAGUGAGUACGGCAGCGAGCGCAUUCCCAGGAGAAGAUCUCGCUACAGGUCUGCAGGGUCUUGAGCUCGGACAGGAUGCACCACCCAUGCAAUACAGCCUCGGACUGGGCUGGAACUUGUCCACUGACCAGUUGUCGUUUCGAGUGGAGAUCACUGACAAGCCCUUCACCAAGCGUGGUGUGUUAUCAGUCAUCAACAGUUUGUAUGACCCGCUUGGGUUCGCUGCGCCAGUGAGCAUUGAAGGACGCUCCAUCCUGAGAGAGAUCUCCAAAAACAUCAGUGAAUGGGAUACUCCUCUACCUAAGGAGCAACAGGACAAGUGGCAGAGAUGGAAAGACGCUCUACAGCACUUGGAACAGCUCAAGAUCUCACGUAUGUAUACGUCCAUUUCACUGUCCAAAGCACAGAGAAAGGAUAUGCAUGUGUUUUGUGAUGCAUCCACAAAAGCAGUCGGAGCUGUCGCCUACUUGAAACUCACCACUGCUGAUGGACACAGUGACGGGGGCUUUCUCCUCGGCAAAGCCAGGCUAGCUCCAAAACCAGACAUCACCAUUCCCAGAUUAGAGCUGUGUGCCGCAGUGCUGGCUGUCGAAGUAGCAGACAUGGUCCAAGAAGAGCUCGACUUUACGUUUGAUGAAGUCAGCUUCUACACAGAUUCUAAAGUAGUACUCGGCUACAUUUUCAAUGACAAGAGACGCUUUUAUGUGUAUGUACAUAACCGCGUUGAACGCAUCAGGCGCUCCACUCAGGCUCACCAAUGGCGUUAUGUGCCCACACAUUUAAACCCAGCUGACCAUGCCACACGUGGACUGCCUGCUGAACAUCUUUCCCACUCUACAUGGCUCAGUGGCCCUCCCUUCCUCACUGACUCAGGCCUAGGUCAAACACAGGAAAUGCCCUUUGACCUCAUUAACCCCGAACAUGACACUGAGCUGCGUCCAGAGGUUGUAUCCUGUGCUACCUCCCUCUCUAAAAGCACUCUCUGGGCAGCAAGGUUCGAAAGAUUCUCCAGCUGGACCCGCCUGUUAAAGACUAUCGCCAGGCUACGCCACAUCGUCACAUGUUUUAAGGCUGCAUCUGAGAGCAGAUGCCAUGGAUGGCACAAGUGUGACAAGAACAUUACUGAAGACCAGCUCCAGCAGGCUAAAGCCAUCAUCAUUCGUGCAGUGCAAAGUGAGGUGUACGCAGAUGACAUCAGGCACGUGGAACGUGGUGAGUCUGUCUCCAAGAAAAGCCCACUUAGCAAACUGAACCCAGUAAUGGACAGUAACAUGGUCUUACGAGUUGGAGGUCGGCUGACUAAGGCUCAACUCACAGCAGACGAAACACACCCUAUACUCCUCCCCAGUAAACACCACGUCACUCAGCUCAUAAUCAGACAAUUUCAUUCACAAGUACGCCACCAGGGCAGACACUUCUCCGAAGGUGCUAUCAGAGCUGCUGGUUUCUGGAUAGUGGGCGGGAAAAGAGCAGUCAGCAGUGUUGUUUUUAACUGUGUUACAUGUCGCAGAUUGAGAGGCAAACAACAAGAACAGAUCAUGUCAGACCUACCAGAAGACAGAAUGUGCACAGACCCUCCUUUUACAGGUGUUGGCCUAGAUGUUUUUGGCCCUUGGCCCGUCACAGUCAGGAAAACACGUGCAGGUCAGGCAGAAGCAAAGAGAUGGGCGGUAAUCUUCACCUGCAUGAGUACUCGUGCCAUCCACAUUGAAGUGAUAGAGUCAAUGGACACUUCGUCAUUCAUUAAUGCGCUGCGACGCUUCUUCGCCAUCAGAGGCGCUGCCAAGCUGCUCAGAUCAGACUGUGGCACAAACUUUGUGAGUGCUUGCAGAGAACUUCACAUUGACAAAAAGGGCUGUCACAAUGACAAAAUCAACACCUAUCUUGGAAACAGUGGUUGUGAGUGGCAUUUUAAUCCCCCACACGCUUCCCACAUGGCUGGAUCAUGGGAGCGCAUGAUCGGCGUCAGUCGACGGAUUCUGGACGCAAUGCUGCUGCAGCACGGAAAGGCCAAGCUCACACAUGAAGUACUGGUGACGUUCAUGUCGGAAGUGACUGCUAUUGUUAAUGCAAGGCCGCUUACAGCAGUUUCCACUGACCCAGAGCAUCCUGAGAUUCUCACUCCUGCCAUGCUUCUCACGCAAAAGGCAGCCACCCCCUCAGUCAUCCCAGGUCACUUUGAUGACCGUGACCUGUUCAGAGCACAAUGGAGACGUGUACAGUAUCUGGCCAAUCUCUUCUGGGGACGAUGGAAGAGAGAAUUCCUCAGUGACCUGCAACCUCGUCGCAAAUGGAGAACACCUAAACCCAACCUACAAGAAGGAGAUGUCAUCCUGCUAAAAGAUGGGCAAGAGCACAGGAACGACUGGCCCCUUGGUGUUGUUGUAAAGACUUUUCCCAGUCAGGAUGAAAGGGUCAGGAAGAUCCAAGUCAAGAUAACCCGCAACGGUGAACAGAGACUGUACUUGAGACCUAUCAGUGAGGUCAUCCUGCUGGUUCCGAGGAACCACACAUAAAGGACCCCUCAUAUCCUUUGAAAAACAGUGGGUGUGGGUUAGUAUGACAUCCUGUUGAUGUCAGACGGGGAGUAUUCUGUCCCUCAGUCUUGUGUUAUUAUUUUACUCCUUUUCUGGAGGUUUAUUUUCUUACAGAGCUAAGCUUCUUCAGUCUACAGCUUAUCUGGUUAAUGUUCCUGUAAGAGAAUCUAGUGAUUUUGAGUUUGUGGUUGAUCUUACACUGCCAUCUAGUGGCGCAUGUUGGAACCAGGAAGUGCGUUGAGCAGAAGUUAAGAAGUGCAGCAGAGUCCAUAAACAUGUCGCUCCUGCGUCGAGUGUGUCUUCUUCCUCUACUUUUGCGCUUGUUAAAGGCAUAAACUGUAAGUUAAAUCAUAUAUGCUCUAUUAAGAAUGUUUAUUUGCGCAUUCACUUUGCGCUUCGUGUUAUUCAAGGCGCUACGCUAUUCACUCUCUAAAGCUGAUGUUAUCAUUUAGCAUUGUUGUUGCUAGUCAAAAUACUAUGUAUUGCUAAUGUUAAGACCUCUAGUUGGUUAUUUUGCACACAGAAAUAAGUGUGAAUGUAUGUUUUUUACACAGAAACUGAUGUUGUUUAUUCUGUUUCUCUGUCACAGUUUUACAAAGUAAAAUGGAUCAGUAAACUCAAGACUGCUUCACGAGUGGUUACUGAAGCCAUAUGUUUAGCUCGCUGCAUAAGUUAAAGCCCUU